CUCAGUGACAUCUCUUCAUGCAUCGAAAAAGAAAUGGAAUAUCGAAAAUCUGAGGGAAAAUGCAAAGACUUCAUUCAUCGAUUCCUUCGUUUGAUUCGAAGUCCUGUAAUGACGACUUUGACGAUUCUAAACUUUUUGUUCUACCUCACAGCUAUCGUUAUGCUCAUCAUUAUUAUUAUUUUGGUUAUGGUGAAUAUGUCGAGAAAGGCAGAGUUGAAAAUGUUGGAAAACCAAAAGGAUGUUAGUGCGUGUUCGGUUAUUUGGAGUGAUUGGGGUGAUUGUAGUGCUCCCUGCACUGAUCGACAUAAGGAUAAUUAUAAAUUGCCAACAGCUACGCGCAAAGUUGAACGUUGUUAUGGAUCUUGUGGGAGGGAUGAUGGGACUUGUAUGAAUAAAUCAUUGAGGGGAUAUGUGGAUACGGUAUAUUGCAAUUUACAUAGUUGCCAGUUGCCUAAAGAAUAA